CUUUGCUCCGUAUCUGGGUGACUUUUCUUGGCGGUCGCGUCGCAGUGCGGCCCCCCUCCCCUUCCCGCUGCGGUCUCGCGCGCUUUUCUCCCCCCCUGCCCCUUCUAGAGCCCUUUUGGGCCCUUGGUCGCUUGGGCUCGCCUCCUGGUCUCGUGCCGCUGACGUCGGGAGGUGGGUGAGGUGGCGCCAAGAGCCCCAUUUCCCCCCCCUCCCCGCACCUUCGCGCGCGGCGGGCCACUGUUUUGCACCCUACGCCAUUUUCCUGGCUGUGAGGGUGCACCAAACGCGCGCUGGGUUUUGGCUACUAAGUGCAGGGAAAGAUGAAUGGGAGGGCUGAUUUUCGAGAGCCGAAUGCAGAAGUUCCAAGACCGAUUCCUCACAUCGGGGCUGAUUACAUUCCAACAGAGGAAGAAAGAAGAGUCUUUGCAGAGUGCAAUGAAGAAAGCUUCUGGUUCAGAUCUGUGCCUUUGGCUGCCACAAGUAUGUUGAUUACUCAAGGAUUAAUUAGUAAAGGAAUCCUUUCAAGUCACCCAAAAUAUGGUUCCAUCCCUAAACUUAUAUUUGCUUGUAUCAUGGGAUACUUUGCUGGAAAGCUUUCUUACGUGAAAACUUGCCAAGAGAAGUUCAAGAAUCUCGAAAACUCCCCUCUUGGAGAAGCUUUACGAUCGGGACAAGCACGACGGUCUUCACCACCUGGGUACUAUUCUCAAAAGUCAAAAUAUGACUCAAAUGUGAGUGGUCAGUCCUCUUUUGUGACUUCCCCAGCAGCAGACAACAUAGAAAAGGACAUGCUUCCUCGUUAUGAGCCAAUUCCAUUCAGUGCUUCUAUGAAUGAAUCCACUCCCACUGGUAUUACUGAUCAUAUUGCCCAAGGACCUGAUCCCAACCUUGAAGAAAGUCCCAAAAGAAAAAAUGUUACAUAUGAGGAAUUAAGGAAUAAGAACAGAGAGUCAUAUGAAGUAACUUUAACACAAAAGCCUGACCCUUCAGUCAGGCCUAUGCAGGAAAGAGUGCCAAAAAAAGAAGUAAAAGUAAACAAAUAUGGAGAUACUUGGGAUGAGUGAAAAAUUACAUCAUUGGACCUACUGAAGAAAUUCACUAUCCAGCUUCAUCUAGGUGGUCACGAACACCUGCAUGCUUUGAGCUCAGAUGCAGUCUUCAUAAACACAUUUAAAACUAAAUCCUGGGUUUUUGUGGUUUGACUUAUGAUGCUUUAAAAACACAGAUUGCAGUGUUUAAGUAUUGUGUAAAUGUACUGGCCUUGGGAUUCUGAAUGAUGGUAUUAUGCCAUAAUUGUGUGCAGUUUGAAAUUGUUUAAGUAAUAGGACAAAGAUGCUUAUAAAACUAUCAAUACUGUGAUGCUUUAGAAUCAGUAUAUAUGAAGAUAAAUGAUACCUGCAUGUUGAAUUGGGGAGGGUGGGGGGAGCAAGCAUAAUAUCUCAGUGUUUAGCUUUGCAUCAAACUAUUAAGCCUUUCUCUGGUUAUUUACUAUAUUGUCUUAGUUUAUGGUAAAUAAAAUAUAAAGGAAUAUGCA